AUGGAAGCAUCUCCGCGUUCCCUGUCCUCCUGUACCCCGGGCCCCCUUGACCAAGAGUACAGUUGGGGGCAGGUCUGGGAGCUGGAAAAGCACUUCAAGGUAGAGCCGUACCCAGACCUGAAGGCCCGAAAGGUCCUGGCCAACAGACUCAACUUGAAGGAGGAGCAAGUUGAGAUGUGGUUCAUCCAGCGUUCCUUGGAGCAGGAGAUGCGCCCCCCCUUUGCCCGGCUGCAGCAGUCUGCCCGGGAUGGCACCUCUUCUUGUGCUUCCCACAAAGGCCACUGCUGCCGGCCUCCAAGCUGGAGGUACAGGCUCGUUCCCAUCAAUCCCUCGGAGUCCUCCACCGGCUGUGAACACAACUGCUGA